AUGUCGCACUUAAUAACACUAGCUACCUGUAACUUAAACCAAUGGGCUCUCGACUUUGAAGGAAACAGAGAUCGGAUCUUGGAAUCCAUCAAAAUAGCCAAAGAGAGAGGUGCAAGGCUUAGAGUUGGUCCAGAGCUUGAGAUUACUGGCUAUGGAUGUUUAGACCAUUUCCUGGAAAAUGACGUGUAUUUGCACUCGUGGGAAAUGUAUGCUCAGAUCAUUAGGGCGCCAGAAACACACGAGAUACUGCUGGACAUCGGGAUGCCCGUCUUGCAUAAAAACGUUCGGUACAACUGCCGGCUGUUGUCGCUAAAUGGACAGAUUUUGUUCAUCAGGCCCAAGAUCUGGCUGGCAAACGAUGGAAACUAUCGGGAAAUGCGGUUUUUCACGCCUUGGAUGAAAACGUCGCAUGUAGAGCAGUUUCUGCUGCCUCCCUUGAUCCAGAAAAUCACAGGCCAGAGAUUCGUGCCGUUUGGAGACGCUGUGAUACGUACACUCGACACCUGUAUAGGGGCCGAAACUUGCGAGGAGCUCUUUACACCACAAUCACCCCACAUCGCGAUGUCUCUUGACGGAGUCGAAAUAAUCACCAAUUCUUCUGGCUCUCAUCACGAGUUGCGGAAACUAAAUCUCAGACUCGAUUUGAUCACAAGUGCCACUCGCCGUUGUGGUGGCGUGUACCUCUACGCCAACCAGCGUGGGUGUGAUGGGGACCGUCUGUACUACGAUGGAUGCGCCCUGAUCGCCGUGAAUGGGAAAGUCGUGGCCCAGGGAAGUCAGUUCUGCCUCAAGGACGUCGAAGUUGUUACUGCUACUGUUGAUUUGGAGGAAGUGAGAAACCACAGGGCCUCUAUUUUAUCGCGUGGCUUGCAAGCUUCCGCCAGCGACGUGAAAUACGAGAGAAUCGAAGUUGAUGAAGAGCUCGCCCCCAUGACCAACCGAUUUGAUCCAAAAAUCGCGCCCUCCAAGGAGAGACCUAUCUUUUAUCAUACCCCAGAAGAAGAAAUUGCUCUAGGCCCUGCAUGCUGGUUGUGGGAUUACUUGAGACGCUGUAAUGGUACCGGAUUUUUCUUACCGCUUUCCGGAGGUAUUGAUUCAUGUGCUACAGCUGUCAUUGUUCAUUCUAUGUGCCGCCUAGUAGUCAAAGAAUGCCGCGAAGGCAAUCUACAAGUCUUAGCAGAUGCUAGGAAACUUUCGCGCAAGGACUCUGACUGGGUUCCAGAAAGUCCUCAGGAACUGGCUGGUCUUCUAUUCUACACCUGCUUUAUGGGUACAGAAAACUCUUCGAAGGACACGAGAUCCAGAAGCCGCGAGCUUGCCAAAGAAAUCUCGUCCUAUCAUGUCGAUCUAAACAUGGACAGCUUGGUUAGCAGUGUCGUAAGUUUAUUUGAAGUAACGACCGGAAGAAAACCAAUUUUCAAGAUUUUUGGAGGAUCGCAGAUCGAAAAUUUGGCGUUACAGAACAUUCAAGCUCGUCUGCGUAUGGUUUUGGCGUAUUUGUUUGCUCAGCUUCUUCCAUGGAUUCGUCGUAUUUCGAACGCUGGUAGUCUUCUGGUCUUGGGUAGUGCUAACGUUGACGAAUGUUUGAGAGGAUAUUUGACAAAGUAUGAUUGUUCCUCAGCGGACAUCAAUCCAAUUGGUGGCAUUUCAAAAACGGACUUGAAGCGGUUUAUUGCUUACGCCUCCAAGACUUUUGAAAUGCCAAUUUUGGACGACUUUUUGACAGCAACACCAACUGCAGAACUAGAACCUAUCACAAAAGACUAUGUGCAGUCUGAUGAAAUCGACAUGGGUAUGACUUACGAGGAAUUGAGCAUUUUCGGAUAUCUAAGAAAAGUCGAGAAAUGCGGACCUUAUUCGAUGUUUUUAAAGCUUCUUCAUGAGUGGAGCCCUAGAUUGAGCCCGGCUCAAGUGGCAGAAAAAGUAAAGAGGUUUUUUUUCUUCUAUGCCAUUAACAGACACAAGCAAACCGUUAUUACGCCUAGCUACCACGCCGAGCAGUAUUCUCCUGACGACAAUCGUUUUGAUCUUAGACCAUUCCUAAUCAGUCCAAGAUUCGCGUGGGCUUCCAAAAAGAUUGAUCACAUCGUUGCUCAGUGCGAGGGUAAAGAUAUUAACGCAUUGGACGUGAUGUCUGUUGACUGA